AUUUUAAUCAUUAUCAUUAUUUUUCUCAUUAUUCAGGUGGUUUUAAGAUAAUUUUUUGGUUUCAACUUGUUUUUUUUUUUUGGAAACAAUUUUGAUUUAGAAUAGGAAAUUUUUGAGAGUUGUAAAUUUUUGCUUCUUAUACUGUGCUAUUUGAAGGUCGAGGUAAAAUCGGUUCGAAAGUUUCAAAUGGCCAAAGAUCGUGGGUGGUCCCUUAGCGGACGUGGUUGUGUGUGGUCCUCGCUGGGGUCGGGUAUGGUUAUGCGGGAUGAUGGCUGCUUUCGUGUCUUGGAGGAUGAACGACGCUUUGUGUGCCAACUAUAACCUGCGACGCUUGUAUAGUCAAGUCGCAAAGUGAAAAUUGUGUGUGAUUUUUCAAAAAAAAAAAAAAAAAAUAGUGGCAAAGUUUCAUCGAUUAUUUUAUCGAUGGAUUUCUUUUUUGAUCAACAAUGCAACUACGCAUGCACUUGUUUGAAAGCCGUUGUUUUUUAAGUGACCACGUGUUGUUUUAUUUUCAAAUUCCAAUGGAUAUGGAGAUAAAAACACAUUUGCGAUGAGACUGAUUAAGUGUUUAAAUUAAUAAUAUUUUGGCUUAAAUAACAUAAGAUUUAUCACGAUGUACUUACUAUACUUAUUUUUAAUUUUACUCGGAUUUAAUGGGAAUUUUGCACAAAGAUAUGAAAUGUCCGAAAGUGAAUCGUGGAAGGAAUUGGAAAAGAUGAGUCGCGACAGAGAUGAGAGAUACAGACAUUCAUUAAUGAAAUCUGAUUACACACAUUCUGGAGAAUAUUCGAAUUGCACGAGAAAAUCGAAAUGCAUCUAUACACCGGGAAAUUAUCUCACUUGUAUGGGAUCAAUGCUUCCUUAUGCAAAAACAUCCUUCGAUCUUAUUCCUCAAUAUUCGUUUGAAAUGAUUAAGGACAAAUUAUUAGAACUCCAGGCAUUGAGACACAUUCCAAAAUGUUGGGCUUUUGCUCAAUUGUUGAUUUGUUCACUUUUUAUGCCAAAUUGUUAUGAUGACAAUGUUUAUUUACCAACACAAGAAGCUUGUCGAAUGGCAAUGGGUCCAUGUCGUGCAAUUUUGAAUCAUACAAUUUGGCCAAAUUUCAUAAGAUGCGAUGAUACAGUUCUUUUUCCAACGGGUUGCAGUAAUUUUCAUGAACCAAGAGAUAUAAAAUUUAAUAAUACUGGAAAAUGUUUGGAACCACUAAUACCAACUGAUAAUAAACUUGCAUUAUUCGACGAUAUCGAUGGUUGUGGUAUGCCAUGUAAUAAUCCUCUAUAUUCAAACGAUGAACAUAAACAAAUUCAUUCUUUUAUUGCAUGGGGAGCUGGAAUUUGUUUGGCAUUCAACUUUUUUGCAGUGAUGACGUUCAUGGUUGAUUGGAGAAGUUGUAAUAAAUAUCCGGCGCUUGUGAUAUUUUAUAUAAAUUGUUGUUUUAUGAUGUCGUGUAUUGGAUGGUUGAUUCAAUUUUCACCUGGAAAUCGUGAUGUUAUUGUUUGUAGAAAAGAUGGAACUUUAAGGAUGGGUGAACCAAGUGGAGGAAAUCUAUCAUGCGUGGUUGUUUUCGUGAUGAUUUAUUAUUCAUUAGUGGCGUCAAUGGUUUGGUUUGUUAUUUUAACAUACGCUUGGCAUAUGAGCUUUCAAGCAUUAGGAAAAAUACAGGAUAAAAUUGAUAAACAAGGAGCAUAUUUUCAUCUUAUGGCAUGGUGUAUACCACUUAUGUUAACUGUCACUAUAAUGGCAAUAGGUGAAAUUGAUGGCAAUAGUGUGACAGGAAUUUGCUUUGUUGGAUAUUUUAAUCAUAUAGUGAGGUAUUGUUUUUUAUUGGGACCAUUAAUGUGUGUCCUAUUAGUUGGUGGAUAUUUUUUAACGCGAGGAUUAAUAACGUUAAUUCAGUUGAAAAUUGGAAGUCAGGAUAUUAUAUCAGAACAUGCAAGUUCAAAAAUUCGGGAAACUAUCGUGAGAAUGGGAUUAUUUUCAGUAUUUACAUUUACUGCGAUAUUCGUUACAAUUUAUUGUCAUAUUUAUGAAUUUAAUCAUUCUGAUGAAUGGAAACAGAGUUUCAAAAAAUUUAUGAUGUGUUCGAUAACAACCAAAUAUUCAAAUGUCUCAGACUGCAAAAUGGAUUCACGUCCAAGUCUCGCGAAAUUGCAACUUCAUUUAUUGAGUCACUUUUUCGCUGGUAUUUUAAUGUCGUCCUGGGUUUGGACUGGAUCAACAGUUGAUAUUUGGAUUCGUUUUUUUCGGAGGGUAUUCAAUCGCGAGUUAGAAGAGCCGAUAAAACUAAAGAAACACAAAGUCAUUGCACAGGCGUUUGCUAAACGUAAAACAUUCAAUAAUGAUGGACGUUUAUCAAUUAGUUUUUGUAAUUCACAUGAGGAUCCAGUUGGAUUAAAUUUUGAUUUAACAUCAGUUGCAUCACAACCAUUGAGUUCAACAUGGGCAGCUGCAUUACCAAAAUUAGUAACACGUCGUGGUGCUGUUGAAAAAUUAUUCUCAUCUGGUUCUGUAUCGAGUAAUCGAAGAAAUUCAGUUGAUUCGGAAAUAAUAAAUUAUCGUUGGUCUGUUGAAUCGCGACGUAAUUCACUUGAUUCACAAGUCUCAGUGAAAUUAGAGGCAACAAAAACAACAAGAAAAGUUGGUGGUUCACGUAAUCGACGUGAGAAAAGAAGACGUGAUUUUGGUAAAUCACGAACACAAAAAGUUGGUCCAUUAUUUCGUCGUGGUAGUACAACAUCACAAGAAAGUCAAUUGGGUGCACAAAUUUUAAGUACAUUGUCAAAUGGCUGUGUACCUGCAAUUCAAAUGCCAAAUAUGAAUAGACGUCCAGCAUUUAUUGGACAUGAUAUACCACGUUUAAUGGAUCCAAAACAUGCUGGGAAAUUGUUUCCAUUUUUAUUGCCGAGCAAUAGUGGAAGUGAAGAGAAUUUAAGUAGUGAGGAAAAAAAUUGGAGUUCACAAACAACAAAGGAAAUGAAAAGUUUAGAAGUGGAUAAUGUGCCAAAAGAAGAGGAACAAGAGGAAGAGGAAGAAGAAGAGGAGGUAGAGGAAAGUGAAACUGAUGAAGAGACGAAAAUGUUGGAUAAUCCUGAAGAACCACCAAUUGAACGAAGUAAAAGUAAAACUAGCGAUAGAAGUUAUAAUCAUGAGAGUGGACGACGUAGUAUUGAAAGUCGAAGAAGUAAAUUUAAUAAUAUUCAAGAUGAGACAACAUUGAAACUUUAUCUUCAAGAUUCUAGUGAUAUUAAAAGUAAAACAGAGACUGAGGUUAAGGAUAAUAAUAAAAAAGGAGGAGGAGGCGCUAUUGGUGAUUUAGCAUCAAAUUUAGUUCCAUUUUGUCAGGAAAUGGGACGUAAUCAAAAUGAAGCAUUGAUGAAUGCAAGAGAAAUUGCAACUCAAACUUCCGUUCCUCUUGAUAUUCUCGAAAUGGAAGAAUUAAAACAAAGUAUCGAUGAGAUUAUUAAUAAUCGAAAAAAGACUUGAGAAAUAAUUUUUAAUUUUUCCUCUGAAAAAUAUACUUUUCGGUAGAAAAGAAAAUUGUUAUUUUUUUUAUAGGAAGUUUUUAAUACUCAAAACUCGAUUACGUAAAUUUACGUAGUUCUCUAGUGUGUCAGGUUAAAAAUUUGAAAGACUUGACAAUUUUUAUCCUUUUCUUUUUUAAUAGAAAAUUUCUGAUUUUUAUACAAAAGACCUCUAUAGAUUUUUAUAGGGAGAGACUUUUUUUACAAUUUUUUAUGUGUAAGAUUAUGUAUAUAAAAAAACAUGAGAUCGAAUAUUGAAUAAAAUGUGUGUAUUUAUAAAAAGAGA